AACAAAACAAAAUGAGGCCAACAACAAUUCUCCUAUCCUAUGCUUUCCCUCCCCUCACAUGAACACAACACAAAAACAUCAUUGAAAAUAACGAAGAAGACAUCAAUCACAACACACAACAAAACCAAAGGUUACUUGGUUUCUUCUCUUUAUCUAACCAGAACAAGAAGAAGAAGAAGAAGAAGAAGAAGAAGAAGCACCAUCACCAUCACCAUCACCAUCACCAAUGGAGAGCUUUGCACUCCACUCGCUCUCCACUUCACCCUCCUUCUCUCACUCUUCCUCACUCCGUCAUCGUCCUCGCUCUUCAAUCACCAGAUCCCAUCUCUCCCUUCUUCCAUUCAAUCCCAAUUUCUCAACCCCAUUUCUCAAAUCACACAAACCUUCCACCUUCAAACCCCAUUUCUCAAAACCCCAUUUCUCAUCAUCAUCAAUUCAAGCUUCUUCUUCUUCGUCUACUCCAUCACCACCACCACCACCGCCGCCACCUGUUGUUGUUCAGGGUGCAAAACCCAUUCCCUUUGUAAUCUCCGUCGGCAUAGGCCUCAUUUUGCGGUUUCUGGUUCCCAAACCAGUGGAAGUCACUCCUCAGGCAUGGCAAUUGCUCUCGAUUUUCAUGUCGACAAUCGCGGGUUUGGUCCUGAGUCCGUUGCCGGUGGGGGCGUGGGCUUUUCUGGGCUUGACAACCGCCGUCGUGACGAAAACUCUGACGUUCACGGCGGCGUUCAGCGCCUUCACGAACGAGGUGAUUUGGUUGAUCGUGAUCUCGUUCUUCUUUGCUCGUGGGUUUGUGAAGACAGGGUUGGGGGAUAGGAUUGCUACUUACUUUGUGAAGUGGAUGGGGAAGAGCACUCUGGGGUUGUCUUAUGGUUUGACAUUCAGUGAGGUGCUGAUUGCUCCGGCAAUGCCUAGCACCACUGCUAGAGCCGGUGGUGUCUUCUUGCCGAUUAUCAAGUCACUUUCACUCUCCGCUGGGAGUGAACCCAAUAGUCCUACAUCGAAGAGGCUGGGGGCUUUUCUCGUUCAGAAUCAAUUUCAGUCUGCUGGUAACUCCAGCGCUCUUUUCCUAACAGCUGCAGCCCAAAAUCUGCUGUGUAUGAAAUUAGCAGAGGAGCUCGGGGUGAUAGUUUCAAACCCUUGGGUUACUUGGUUUAAGGCAGCUAGUUUGCCUGCAUUCGUUUGCCUUCUUGCUACACCAUUGAUUUUAUACAAAAUCUACCCCCCUGAACUCAAAGACACACCAGAGGCACCUGCCCUGGCUGCAAAGAAACUGGAAAGUAUGGGGCCUGUCACUCAAAAUGAAUGGAUUAUGGUUGCGACAAUGCUUCUUGCGGUCUCUUUGUGGAUCUUUGGAGAGACAAUCGGCAUAGCAAGUGCUGUAGCUGCAAUGAUUGGUUUGUCAAUACUCAUUGUAUUAGGAGUCCUUGACUGGAGUGACUGCUUGAAUGAAAAAUCGGCAUGGGAUACCUUGGCUUGGUUCGCCAUUCUAGUAGGUAUGGCAAGCCAGUUGACAAACCUUGGUAUUGUGAGCUGGAUGUCCGAUUGCGUGGCAACAACCCUUCAGUCUUUCUCUUUGAGCUGGCCAGCUGCACUAGUUGUUCUUCAGGCAGCUUAUUUCUUCAUCCACUACCUUUUUGCAAGUCAGACUGGACAUGUGGGGGCUUUAUACGCCGCAUUUCUUGCCAUGCAUAGGGCAGCUGGUGUUCCUGGUGUUCUGGCAGCACUUGCUUUAGGUUACAAUACAAAUCUUUUUGGCGCAAUAACACACUACAGUAGUGGUCAAGCUGCUGUAUACUAUGGAGCUGGUUAUGUAGACCUUCCUGAUAUAUUCAGAUUGGGGUUCAUCAUGGCAUUUAUUAAUGCUGUCAUCUGGGGAGGUGUUGGCUCUUUGUGGUGGAAAUUUUUGGGCUUGUAUUGAUUUUCCAUUUCCAUGUAAGUAGAUAGCAGCUGUUUCAGUAGCCUUUCUUUUUCCUGGCCAAAAGAAAAGGUCUGGUCCUUCAUUUGAGGACAUUUGAGCUCAGCUCAUAAUUUUUGGCUCUAGUUUAUAUACAGUGAUUAACACAGUCAUCAAGGUUUUCAAGGAAACCUCAUUUAAUGAUUUCAAAAUUGCAUGAUCUUUUGUGAA